AUGGCUGAAUCCCAUAGAUUGUACGUCAAAGGUAAGCACUUAUCCUACCAAAGAUCUAAGAGUGUCAACAACCCAAACGUCUCCUUGAUCCAAAUCGAAGGUGUCGCUAAUCCACAAGAUGCUCAAUUCUACUUAGGUAAGCGUGUUGCUUACGUUUACAGAGCUUCCAAGGAAGUUAGAGGUACUAAGAUUAGAGUCAUCUGGGGUAAAAUUACCAGAUCUCACGGUAACUCUGGUGUUGUCAGAGCUAAGUUCAGAAACAACUUACCAGCUAAGACCUUCGGUGCUUCCGUUAGAAUCUUCUUAUAUCCAUCCAACAUCUAA